CUGGCAUCUUGACCACAUGCGGUCAGCCCCAUUCCCUGGAAAGCAAGAAACGGCCAAGCAGAGAAGGCCCUCAACCGUGGCAACUUUUGGCGAAUGCUCUCCGCAAUCGAGAAACACCCGUAAGCAGCCACACAUGGUGAUAGCUUCAUAGUGUUCUGGCGAGCUUAAGCCGACGACUAUUGAGUGCUAAAGCCAAUCAAGUGUCUACAGACACCAUUUCCGACAUAGAUCAGUCUAAACUACGCAGGAGCGGGCAUUGGUCCAGAAUGUCCCAGCAGCCAGCAGCACAACCGAAGUCGGUGCUUCGGGGCCAUCGCACCCAAGUCCACGCCACUACUUUCGUCAGAAACAACAAGCGUCUUGCGUCUGGUGACGCAGAUGGCUUCGUAGUGUUAUGGGAUCUUACAAUUAUGAGGCCUCGGGCCGUGUGGCGUGCCCAUACGGCGGCUAUAUUGGGCAUUUCUGGAUGGGGCGACGAUAAGCUCGUAACGGAAGGAAGAGACAAUCGUCUGAUCGUCUGGAAAAUUACUACUGCGGAUGAAGAGAAUUUGAGCACGGAUCUUCCUCUCGAUGAGUCUGCGCCCGAACGUCCACAGCCAUGGAUACUACAUAUUUUAGAGGUCAAUACUAUGAAUUUCUGUUCUUUUGCACAAUGUUCGCCCAAGCCAGGCACCGAUCUCGCCGUUUCCGACGAAUUGCUACUUGCAGUGCCCAACACACUUGCAACAGAAGCCGUCGACAUCUUCCAUCUGCCAAGCCAGACUCGGCUGAGUACUGUGCAUUUGGGGAGUAAAACAGAGAAGAAAGGUAUGGUAAUGGCUCUCUCUCUUUUCUGGCGCCAUGAAUUCCUGUUCCUUCUAGCCGGCUAUGAGAACGGUCUUGCUGUCGUGGCGCGGCGCAGGCAUAAAGGAGCUUGGGACAUCCUUUACAAGUAUCAGGCACAUAGCCAGCCGAUCCUGUCACUUGAUUGCGACCCCGAGAAGGAAUACUUUCUUACUUCGGGGGCUGAUGCUAUCAUUGCAAAACAUCCAAUUCCACACGCCAAUCCCGCCACUCCCCUUGUUCCUGUCUCAGAGAAGGUAGUUACGCCCAGUGACGAUAGUAAAGGGGUAGAAGAAUCGAAGCAGCAGCUGUCUGGCCUAUCGGCAGGUCUUGCAGCCAUGUCUACGCCAGACACUGCGUCUCUACCACGUGGCCUUCCGAAAAAGAAGGCAGUAAAUAUCGAAACUUCACCAUUGAAAGUAAUUAACACCAAACACUCGGGACAACAAGGUCUGCAGGUCCGCUCAGACGGGCGAAUCUUUGCCACGGCGGGCUGGGACUCGAAGGUCCGCGUGUACUCAGCUAAAACUAUGACCGAGUUGGCUGUGCUCAAGUGGCACAAUGUAGGUUGCUACGCUGCUGCUUUCUCUACACUAGAAGCUAGUAAAAGCGAAAGUGGCUCUGAUGAUCCCAACGAUAACCAUACAAAGGCCGAAGUUCAAGAACCGGCCAGAUCUUCAGAAGACACGAUUGCCGUGGAGAACGAAGAGAGAAGUGUGACUACUGGUAUUGGCCUCGGAGAACUCAGUGUCAAGGAUAGGAGGAUUAAAAUGGCGAAAGAAGCACACUGGCUAGCCGCCGGAAGCAAGGACGGCAAAAUUAGUCUUUGGGACAUUUAUUGAGGCUUGUAAUUGCUUCUAAAAACAACGAAAUGCACCGGCACUAGCCGCUUAAUCAGAUCUGCGCUCAUCAACGCCAUUAUCUAGAACCCAUCUAUACCAUGGCAACCCUUUCGCCUUGGCUGGC